AUGACGUGUAAAUAUUCAUGUACAUCGAUACAUACAGGUCAAGCGUGCAGUGAAUUAAUAAUUUUAUUUAUUCCCAUAACAGCUUCACAGUAUGAUCCUCUGGACCAAUUUUUAUCAUUUAAGGAAAAAACUGCAGGACCUAUUGGCAUUAUGACAACAAGCAACGGUGCACCAGUGAGGUAUAGUGAUGCAUCAAUUUCGUUAAACCAUCGAUUGUUGUUUAACGAAUAUUUCAUGGAUUCUAUAACGCAUCUCUCUCGCGAGCGUAUCCCUGAAAGAUUGGUACAUGCAAAGGCUGGAGGAGCAUUCGGAUAUUUUGAAGUAACUCACGAUAUAACACACAUUUGUAAAGCCAAGCUCUUCAGUGCAAUCGGCGAGCGAACACCAAUUGCGGCAAGAUUUUCACCAAUUAUUGUCGAGAGAGGCGGUAGUGAUACUUCUAGGGACGCACGCGGUUUUGCUGUUAAAUUCUACACAGAAGAAGGAAAUUUCGACAUAGCGGGUUUUAACACUCCAAUGUUUGUUAUAAAAGAUCCCCUAUUUUUUACUACAUUCGUUCAUGCUGUAAAAAAGAAUCCCGCUACAAAUGUAUUUGACGCAAAUUCUUUAUGGGAUUUUUUAACCCUUCGUCCAGAGAGCUGGCAUAUAUUCUUGUUGAUAUUUAGUGACAGGGGAAUUCCUGAUGGAUAUCGUCAUAUGCCUGGUUUUGGUAUACAUACAUUUCAAGUAGUGAAUGAUAAUGGUGAAAGUUAUUUUGUAAGGUUUCACUUUGUGCCGAAUAGUGGCAUAAAAAAUUUAAGUGCUGAGGAAGCUAGAAAAAUUGGUGCUGAAGACGCCGAUUAUAACACACGCGAUUUGUAUGGAUCUAUUUUAAAUGGUGAAUAUCCAACCUGGAAUUUAUCUGUACAGAUUUUAUCUUUGGAAGAUGUAAAAAAUGCAAAAUUCGAUGUCUUCGAUGUAACAAAAAUUCUUCCUCUAGACACAUAUCCUUUACAUCCCGUCGGGCAAAUGGUAUUAAAUAGGAACCCAGAUAACUAUUUCGCUGAUAUAGAGCAAUUAGCAUUCAAUCCAGCAAAUCUUGUUCCUGGGAUUUUGGGUGGAGUUGAUAAGUUGUUUGAAGCACGGCGGUUAUCCUACCGAGAUGCACAGUAUUAUCGUUUAGGUGCAAAUUUUCAUAAAAUCCCAGUAAAUUGUCCAUUCCAAAGUAAACCUUUAACUUACAAUCGUGAUGGAGUACCACCGGUGAAAGCCAAUGGGAAGGAUACACCUAAUUACUUUCCUAAUUCGUUUAAUGGACCAGUUCCAUACAAAGAUUUAAAUAGUUCUCAGUUAAUUGAGAUAAUACAACAAGACUCCGAUAAUGUUGAACAAAUAAGAGACCUUUACCUUAAUGGUAUAACAGACGAGGAAAGGGAUAACCUUAUUGAUAAUAUAUUGUAUAGUUUGGGUUCAGCUUCAAAGAUUCUUCAGGAUAGAGCUGUCAAUAUUUUUACAAUUAUUCAUUCGGAUUUUGGUAAUCGAAUUGAACAAGGGCUAAUGUCAAAUAUAACAAGGGCAUCAUUUUACAAAUAGUUUCAAAUUACAAUUAAUGAAGUACCCAUUGAAACAAAGGACCUUACAUUUACAAAUACCUUAGUGUAAAUAUAUUUUUAUCUGCAA